UAUUCAUCUAUGUUGCCAUGACGACACUUUGUUGUCGUUCGAGCUAUCACAGAUGGAUGUGGAUGGAUGUGUUUAGCUAAGCAGCGUGCUAGCUGUUUACUUUUUCAAAGACAGUCCGCUUUCAGCUAUAUCUGUGCGUGGUAGCAGUAUUUCAGAAUGCCACCCAAAAAGAAGGCCGCAGCCAAGUCUGCCAAAGGGAAGACGCCCACAGUAGUAGAUGGCCUUUCCACGGAGGAGAUGUCGAAGGAGCAGCUGGAGGAGCACAUUGUGCGGCUGCGGGAGGAGCUGGACAGGGAGAGGGAGGAGAGGAACUACUUCCAGCUGGAGAGGGACAAGAUCCACACCUUCUGGGAGAUCACUAAGAGACACCUGGACGAGAGGAAGGCAGACCUGAGGAACAGAGACCGGGAGAUGGAAGAGGCUGAGGAGCGCCACCAAGUAGAGAUCAAGGUGUACAAGCAGAAAGUGAAGCAUCUACUGUAUGAGCACCAGAACAGCAUCUCAGAGCUGAAGGGAGAGGGCGUGGUCUCUAACAAGCUGAUGCAGAAAGAGCACGCCGAGCUGGAGAAUGAGCUCUGCAAGGGCAUGCGUACCCUCAAAGUGGACAUUAAGGAGCAGGAGCUCUCCAACGAGAACCUUGUCAAGGGCCUCAAACUGAAAAACGACCAGGAAAUUACCAAAACGAGAAAUGACUUUGAGAGACAAGUGCGAGAAAUUGAGGCCAAGUAUGAGAAGAAGAUGCAGAUGCUGCGUCAGGAGCAGGACCUGAGGAGGAAGACCGAGAUCCACGAGAUUGAGGAGAGGAAGAACAGCCAGAUCAACACGCUGAUGAAGAACCACGAGAAGGCUUUCAGCGACAUCAAGAACUACUACAAUGACAUCACCCUCAACAACCUGGCCCUCAUCAACUCACUCAAGGAACAAAUGGAGGAGAUGAAGAGGAAGGAGGAGCGCUUGGAGAAGGACAUGGCAGAGGUGCUGCUGCAGAACAAGCGCCUGACGGAGCCCCUGCAGAGGGCCAAGGAGGAGGUGACCGAGCUGCAGAAACAACUGGCCAACUACGAGAAGGACAAGACCUCACUGGCGGGGGCCAAAGCACAUCUGAAGGUCGCAGACAAGGAGAUGAAAGACCUGAAGUGGGAACACGAAGUGCUGGAACAGAGGUUUAGUAAGGUCCAGGUGGAGCGUGAUGACCUGUAUAAGAAGUUCACCCAGGCCAUCCAGGAGGUGCAGCAGAAGAGUGGCUUUAAGAACCUCCUGUUGGAGAGGAAACUGGGGGCUCUGACCAACACCCUGGAGAAGAAGGAGGCUCAGCUCAACGAGGUGCUGUCUGCCUCCAACUUGGACCACACCGCCCUCGGCGUGGUCACACGCAAACUGGAGGAAGUUUUGGACUCCAAGAACAUUGCGAUCAAAGACUUGCAGUAUGAGUUGGCACGGGUUUGUAAGGCCCAUAAUGACCUGCUGAGAACCUAUGAGGCCAAGCUGCAGGCCUUUGGGAUCCCUAUGGAGGAGCUGGGCUUCAAGCCCCUGGAGAGCAGUGUGGCUGGACACUCCCUGGGCCAGGGCCCUGCAGGCCUGGUGUCUGUCCCCACAUGAGAGGCUCCCAGGCUGGGCUCAGAGACACAAAUACUCCCCUGACCCACACAGACUAUCACUUACUGCAGUGCUAAUGUGACUCUUCUUUCUAUCUCACUCUCUCUUUAUUGUAACGUUUGAUAGAAAUACUACUGAAGAUCAACAGCAACUCUCUGUUUGCGAAGAGGAACUUGUCUUUUUCCAAUACACUGUAAACAUUUCCAAAUAAACAUAUUUUUAAAAGUAUCUCAGCUGCUGUAUGUGUAUACACUCACACAUGGUGAAGAAACAACAAUAUGUAUGUUUUUAUGCCGAGAUGAGAUCCAUGUUUGUUUGUUCAGUCAUCUCACUAAAUGUGAAGGGCGGGCAAAAACCUGCAACAUAGACACCAGGGUAGAUCAGCAUAUCAUCAGGACUAUCAAAUCCCAACUCAAACAGUAUUUCCUGAGUCUCACUGCCAACAAAGUUAUUUUUCUGAGCAGCCUGCUAUAGAGAGCAAUAGUAAUGCCGUCUUUUUGUAGGCACUAAUUCUCAAGUAAGAAAGUUAAAUCAAGCUACGUUUUAAACUCAAACUCUGGUGAUCCUUCUACAUUUUCGGAAAACAGUAAAUGGACUAAAGUGCACAAAUUCCUCUUCCUUGCCUAGGCAAAUUCUGUCUGACACUGGCAUUAUAACUGAGAAGAAAAUGAUAAGUGAUGCUUUAAUCAUUUUAUCUCGGCAGGCUUUUUAAUUGAGAAAAACAGUGAUUGACCCUGGUCAGUCAAUCAACUGCUCUUCCCUCUGCCAGUCUCUAGCUGACUCGAUGGUUAACCCAUCAACUUCAAGUGAAUCUUUGUUUUCAAAUUUCAACAAUUUACUAUCUGUGAUGUGCUAGAUGCCUUGCUUAAGAUUAAUGUUUUAAAAAAUUCACUGGGGCUGGUAUGCUUGAUGAAUUUUUGCUGGAGCUCUCUGCCCCCCUGUUGCUGAAUCAUUAACCCAUAAGUUUUACCUGAAUGUAUAUCCCAUUUGUGUGGUAUUAGGUAAUAUGUUAAUAUGAACUCUCCUGUUAUUAUUGUACUAUUAAUAACAUAAUAAUAAUAAUAACUGGUUAUAAUACCUGGUUAUUAGAUACAGUGCUUACCUAUUGUGCUAUUGCAGUUGGGUUCCAUUUUUAUUUACUCUUGUCCCUCAUUUGAUAUGCAUACAUUCAUCCCGCUCCAUUCAUUGCAUUCCAUGUGUACAUUCAUUGUCUCUCUGUUUCUGUACCUUUACAGACCCAUACCCAUGUACAUACCCAUGUUCAUCUUCUCCUGUGUGUGAUUAAAGUUCCUGUGUGUGUUAA